AUGGCUCUUUCCUCAGCAUUCCAUGAACGACUCGAGCAUAUGGACCGCACUCGAAUUCAACGUCUCUCUCAACUCCAGGCCGAGAAAGAGUUGCAAGCCAAUAAGUCUCAGAUUCUGGCUUCAAAGCUUGCAAACAUCAGGGCCAUGGAACAGAGGUGCUCGUUGCUCGAUCGAAAAAUCGCAUCGCAAAAUUUCAAGAUUCUGGCUCUCAAGUCUCAAAUCGAGAACCUCGAAGUGAAAUAUGAAUCCGUUUGGCAAGAAUUGAGGUCGUUGCAGAACGAGGUGGAGGAGAUUGAGGAGUUGCGCAAGAGGAGAGAUAGCUUUUACGAAGCGAAGAUGAUGGAAAUGAAGGAGUUCAAGGAAAUUGCUGAGAAGUUUGUUGUGAAAUGUGAAAGGGAAGUUGAGAGUUUGAGGAAUGGUGUAAAUAAGCUGAGGUCCUCUUUCAUGGAACUUAAAAGCAACAACAGGAAUUCUUGUAAUUCGGAGAUAGUUGCUGCUGAGAUGAGAAGGUUGGAACUCUUGGCUGAGAAGGAAAGAGUGUGUAGAAACGUUGCUUCUAACCACCAAAUAAAAGCACAGUUGCAAAAGCAGCUUCAGAAUAUUCUUAUCACGCAAACUCAAGAUAAUGGAACGGAAUUGAAGACACUACCUAGCUAA